UUUUUCCAAGAAGCUUGCUGCUUCUUUUCUUUUUGUUUGUCCAACUUCGUAGAGAGUGAAAGCGAGUGAGAGGUGUGAUACAGUUCAUAAACUUAUCACCCAAAUAUCCUGGUCUUGAGUUAGCAAACUUUGAAUACCAACACCGGUAGUUUGUUUUGAAGAUAACAGGAACGGCGAUGGUGGUGUUUUGCUUCUCUAUUUGCUAAAGGUUUUGAAGAGGGAAAGAUUUGACAAUGCACAGGGAAAAGCUGCUGGGCGAUGUGAUGGAGAAGAAGGGUUCUGGGUUGGCGGAAUACUAAAACCGUGGUUGUUUGGAGUGACAUGUCACUGUAUUGUUGGGCCACAUAGCAUGGAUGCAUUACCGAAACAAAAUUAUUAGAAAGGUGGGAUCUAUCAUCCACUUCGAAAAAUAUGUCCCGCUAUAUGUCAAGUAAAUGUCUCAUCCACACUUGCAAUUUGCACAACCAAACUCUAUCUUCUUCCUUUCUUGUGCAUAUCAUCUCACCCUCAUUCACUCUUUUCUCCGGCCCAUCCCAAUCCGUCUCUCUUCUUCGGUUUCUUCUAAAAUUUUCGAUUUUGAAACUGAAACCAACCGUGUGAAAAUUUUCUGUUCAGCUCAUGGUUUCAGGGGUCCAGCUUUCUUUUCCAUCUCCGAUGGCAAAACUAGGCUCCGUCAAAGUUAUUGAGGUUUGCAGGGUAGCUCCCAAACCAAGCUCGCCGCUGGACUCCGCCCACCCGGAUGAUGUGUCUCUUCCUCUAACAUUCUUUGACCUCCGCUGGCUAAGGUUCCCACCGCCUCAAUUCCUUUCCUUCUACAACAUGCCUUCUUUCGACCCAUCACACUUCUUCGAUUCCAUAUUUCCGAAACUUAAAACCUCGCUUUCUGCCACCUUCCAACACUUUGUACCUCUAGCAGGAAACCUCACCUGGCCUCUAGACUCCCCUAUACCCGUUCUCAAUUAUGUCAAAGGCGAUGCAAUUUUGCUCACAAUCGCCGAGUCUGAUGCUGAUUUCCACCGUCUAAUUUCAACCAACAACUUUGACAUUGAAGCCAAAGAAUACCAUCCUCUUGAACCCCAAUUGGCAGUGUCUCAUGACAAAGCUGCUGUGCUGGCAUUGCAAAUAACCGUCUUUCCCAAUGGCGGUUUUUCAAUUGGAUCAGCCAUGCACAAGGCUGUCUUUGAUGGCUUAUCUGCAUUUUCGUUUUUCAAAUUUUGGGGUCACUUAUGCAAACAUGGAGGAAGAGAAGGAGGAGGACCGCCACCCUUGCCAACUUACAACAGAAAGGUCAUUAAGGACCCUGCCGGGCUCCAAGCAAUCUUCUCAAACGAGUGGUUAAGAUUGGGUGGUCCAAACAAUAGAACCUUAAUGCUUUUUGAGGUUGGAGGUCCAGGAGACAGAAUUCGAGGCACCUUCGAGUUCACACGAGCUAAAAUCGAAAUGUUAAGGCGGUCAGUGAUGAGGACUAUGAAGGCAAAGAAGAAGGAACAAGCUGAUCAUUCAAAACUAUUGCAUUUGUCGACAAAUUUGCUAACAUGUGCCUAUACAUGGGUUUGCUUAGUUAGGGCUGAAGAGAUCAAGACAGAGAAAGUAGUAUUCAUCCUUCACGUGGACUGCCGGUCGCGCUUAGACCCUCCCCUACCACCAACCUAUUUCGGGAAUUGCAUCGCAGGACAUAGUGUAGUUGCGAAAACAAAAGACCUACUGGGAGAAGAUGGACUGUUAGUGGCCUUGAAUGCUAUUAGUGAAGUUAUAAAAAGUUUAGACAAGACCCUUUUGGAGGGUGCAGAGACUUGGGUCUCAAGAAUCUUGAAUACACUACUGCAGCCUAGUACUGAUAGAAUAAUUACCACCGCUGUUCAACAUGGUUCACCCCAGUUUGAGUUUUACGAUGCAGCGGAUUUCGGAUGGGGGAGACCAACGAAGCACGAGAUAGUUUCGAUAGAUGGAACAGGGGCGAUGUCUUAUCAAAAGAGCAAGAAUGGCGAUGGUGCGGUUGAGGUUGGGUUGGUUUUGCAAAAACGUUACAUGAAGGCUUUUGCUUACCUAUUUGCUGAAGGUCUUGGAGAAAAAUUAAGCCGUAUGUAGUAGCAUACUACUAAAGCUUUGUGUGUCGUACUGUGAUUUUUCUCGGUUUAUUUUGUGUGAUUUGCAGAUUAAUAAAAAUGGUUUUCGAUUUCA